AUGUCUACACAGAUGAUUCAUGCAGGACCUAUCGAAGAUUCGUUAUUAAGGCUUCAACCAUUCCAUAUAUCUAAGCAUAUAUGGAAUGGAGCUGAAGAUAGGGUUUUGAAGGUUAGGAGAGCAACACAAUCAGAGUUGCGUGGUGUUGAGAUUCCAGCUCCUAUUCAGGAUCUUCUACAGAGGGAUGAGACCCACACGUUUCACAUGCCCUUCGGCGAGUGUACUAUCACUUUGGAGGAUGUUGCAAUGUUACUUGGGUUGAAGAUCUCUGGGGCACCCAUUACUGGAUACGCAACAAUGGAUUGGGGAGCUCUUGUGCAGCGCCUUCUUGGCAUGACACCCCUUGAGUCAAUGCUUGCUAGCGGCCGAUUGAGGAUGAGCUAG